AUGGAUUUUCGAGACUUGAAUCCUUUUAACAUUUUUUUAAGUACGCUUUCGGCGAAUUUUUUACCGAUGUCGAACAAAGAAACGAAAUUACCCAUCUUUUUCAAAAUCUACUCGAUCAUCGUUUGGUUAAUAGAAUUGACAUAUUUUGUGGCUUGUGUUGUCGGAAUUUUGACUGCAUCGAGGGAAAAAGCAUUGAAGGAUGGAACGGUAAACCUUGUGAUCGCGAUAGAAGCGCUCGUGCUAAUGAUUUAUAUGCAUAAUCGUAAGAACGUACUACGUGGAUUAAUUGGAAAAUUAAACCAUCUCAUCGAAGGCAAUAAAAUACUUCAGAAUAUGAUAGUUAGCGCACUGGAACCAAUGGAGAAGCCGCUGAAAAUUUAUACGGUUGCUAGUGUUGGUUCGCUCGCUCUUUGGAUAUUAUUGCCGCUUAUCGAAGUUUUUCGGAAGAACGAGUUCCAUUAUUCGGAUUAUCGAGUGCCAUCCAUUCUAUCCAAAGAACCUUUCCCACUCAGCGUUUUCGUUGGCGGUGUCAUCUUCCAGGUCGCCGGUGGUACAUUCACGCUAAUCAGAAAGAUUAGUUUAGAUAUCUACACAAUGCACAUUAUUUUGUUAACGACGGUUCAAUACAAGUAUCUUCGAAUGAAAUUUGCGACGAUAUUCGAACAGAAAGCCGAAACUUUAAACGGUUCGUACAACGAUAUUACCCGGCAGAAUGUCUCGUUUAGGAACAAAAGGACGAUCCAGGAAAUGAGACUGUUGACCCGCCAUUACGAAACUGUAGUUGAGAUUGCUGUUACCUUGAAGAAAUUGCUUUUUCUAAACGUCGGAGUUCAUUACAUAAACAACGUUUUCCGGUUCUGCUUUCUAAGUUUUAUGUUCGUAAUGAGUACUAAUGUGUUUUCCGAAAAAUGUUUAGUUAUGUUGUAUACAAUUGGUGCGCUGAUACAAUUUUAUAUAUUGUGCUAUUGUAUCCAAGAGCUACUCGACGCGAGCAACGCUGUAGCCGACGAUGUAAUAUAUGAAAAGUGGUAUUUGCACGACGUACCACUGCAACGUGCAGUUCUUAUGAUAAUUUCUGCCAACAAACUAGAGUGCAAAUUAUCCAACUCUCGACACAUUGAUUUAACUUUGUCGUCAUUCAUGUCGAUCCUAAAUCAAGCAUAUUCCGUAUGCUUAUUGUUUCUUAAAUCAAGGCCUGAUUAAAAUUUAAUAUUAUAACGUUAUGCAACGUAACAUAUCUUAAUCGUUAAUUAAUCUCUACAAUAUAAUUAAAUAUAGCAUCGUAAAUAAAGUAUUUAUUUAAUUACAAUGUAACGUCAACGUUUGAAGAAUAUGAUUACAUUUUAUGCGAUAAAACAAUUAAUAUGGCCAUAAAAAUAAAGAUGGAAAUUAAAAAUGUAUUACAUUUCUGCAAUAACUACAAUGAUUCGUUUAAUUUCGAUUUCAUGAUAACUGGUACUCACAAAUUGGAUUACCGCGAACAGUUUCUCGCUUCUGUUAACCAUUAAAUAACAGAAACGAUCGGCAAAAACCAAGUACACGUACAAUACUCAUUCGCGAUAAUCUUUC